CCACUCCCUGACUUGUCUCUCCCCCCCGCUUGAUAUCUUCAUCUUCUCUUAACAUGUCAAACGUCCAGGCGGCAGGCCCGUCAUCAGGAGGUGCAGACGACGUACCUGGGACCACUGCAGCUGCACCAAACCCCAAGAUGAGAAAGAGGACCAAGACCGGGUGCCUCACCUGCAGAAAGCGACGCAUAAAAUGCGGCGAAGAAAGGCCUACCUGCGCAAACUGCAUCAAGUCCAAACGCCAAUGCGAAGGAUACAACCAAAGAGUCAUCUUCAAGCCGCCCAUCGGAGACUGGCCAAACCACCCAGGCGCAGUCAGCACCAUACAGUACCACACUUCGAUGCUCCCGGGUACACGAAACCAACCAUACAGAGGACCAGAGCCAAGUGCUUCCAUGCCAGACACCUCUCUCACGUCGAUCCAGCCACGACCCCUCACCAAUUUUGGCUUCCGCCCCAUCGACUCGCACCCAGGCACCGCGCCUCCCCCGCCAGCACAACCCUUUGUCGGGGGCAAUGUCAACUACGCACCCGAACAGACCUAUCAGCAGCCUCUGCAGUCGCCUCCCCACCAGCAGCCGCUCAUUUCUCCCCACCACCAAGCACACGCCCAUCCAUCGACCGUGUCGUACUUUCCCCAGCAAUCUCCAGUACAUACAAACCCGCCAGACCAGCUCAGCCAGGGCCCAAGCGCCAGCUGUCAACCCCCAAUUCAGUACACGACUGGCUCUUCGUACCCGCCCGUCUCGCUUCCCUACCCCAGCGACCACGAUCUGAAGCCCAUCGGCCCCCAGCCCGGGUCCGCCCAGCACGUGUACCCCCAUGCAUAUAGAUCCGACAGCCUGCAGGAUCCCGAUAAUACCUACCAACACCAACCUAGUGUUUCCCCCCAGAGCGAUCAGUUUUCCCAAUGUGCGGAGGCAAGACCGGGCUUUCAGCGGUUUAAUAGUCUUCCCCAAGUCUCCAUGCACUCUUCACAACCUGAAAGAUAUAAUUUUCCCGCAGCGAUAUCCCACACUGACUUUAGUUAUCCAAAUUAUUCUGGCGUUCCGUUACCCUCUCAUGACUUGAAUCAGGAUGUAAAGUAUAUGCCACAACCUGUCCUCGAUCAGUCUACCGAAACACAAAACCCCCCCGAAUCCGAGUCACAAUUGUUCCUCAGCGGCUUUGGCGGCGAGGAUCAUGUCAGUCCUACACAGGUGCUCGACGAAGCGGCCGUGGAAUUCGAAGACGACGAUUAUUGGGACGUGCAUUCUGAUGAGGAUAUGAUUGACGCUGAAACCUACGAGGACGAGAACGCCUUGCUCGCAAGCAGAGAGUUUAACGAGAUCCGUCGUAUCCACUUGGAGAACUUUAACGAGCUCGGAAUCAGGCGCUAUGACGCCUUCUUGUAUGAUGGACUGCUGUCGCACUACAGACCCGAAUACGCGGCAAGCCCUUUGCGUAACCCAAAGACUGCUAGAGUCUUUGCACAUUAUAUACAUGUGACAGCACCAACGCUAUCGAUUUUCGAGCGGAACCCCAGAAACUCGACCCUGAUAUUCGAAGGCACGACGCCGCCAGCACAGCAAGGUCUAUGGACAUACAAACUGCCUCUGAAAGCCUUGAACCACCAGGGCCUGUUGCAUGCCAUGCUGGCGCUUGCAAGUCUGCACAUUGCACGCUUGCAAAAGGCCUCGAUUACCCCAUCCUACAAACACUACGCAUAUUCGCUCAAACGGCUGGUUCGCUCUCUGGGGAACCCCAAGAAACGUUUGUCCAUGCUCACCCUGGCCAACUCUUUGCUUCUGGCGUGGUAUGAGGUCUGGAUGGCCGAGCACGUCAAAUGGGGAACACAUCUCUUCGGGGCCCAGCAGCUGAUAACCGAGCUUAACUUUCGGUCGCUCACUUGCGAGGCAAUACGAAUGCAGGCUGUCCAAACGGCCAUGGAGCGGCAGUUCCCCUACCAAAACCCCGAGAUGCUCAUCGAUCAAAGGCAGUUCGACCAGAGACUAAAGGAGAGUGCAAUGAUGCCAGACGAAACCAUUGUCAGUAAAAUUGUUGGAAAAAAGGUGGAAUACAGUGAAUUUGGCAUGGCUUUCGACGACGAUGGAACUGCAUACAAUGCAAUACCAAAUCUACCUGGGGGUCUUGAUUUGCAGAGUUAUGCAACGCUUCAGGACCUGUUCUGGUCGUUUGCUAGGCACGAUGUUUUCCAGAGCAUUGUAAGCGGCAAUGACCUCUUACACCCCUACGACAAGUGGGCAGAUUGUCCUCCACGAGCACCCCUCGGCCGCAUCGAUGCCCUCUAUGGCAGCCACGAUCAUCUUCUACUACUAUUGGGCCGCAUUGCCGACUUUACUGUCAAAGACCGAGCGCGCAAGGUUCGACAGGUUGCGGUAGAUGGCGGCUGGCGACCUCGCCCUGGUAUGCCUGGUUUCGGCAACAUGGGGCCGCCGCCGGGUGGCCCACCAAAGUCUACCGGUCCCUCAUCUUCACAGCAUAUGCAAGGCCCGCCUCCGGGUUGGGAGGGACCAAGCCCAGGAGGUCCACCACCUCAAGCUCGUCCAGCGCCUCCGACAAUGCCCGACUUCUAUGGCAUGGCGCCAUCACCCGCCCCAGCGCCUCAAAUACCCAGUUACGACAAUCCAAACUACAAGCGCCCGCCACCACAAAACCCUCCUCGAGUACAACAAACCGAUCUCGCUGUCGCAUACAAGAAUGCCGUCGCGGAAUGGGAAAGUAUCUGCGAGGCCCACGCGGCAGUGGCACACGUUUUGGAACACACCGACGCCUUUGCUCCGUUACCCGACGACAUCUACCCCCCAGCACCUGGAAACCAGCAGUAUCCACCAGGCAACAUGACGCCGUUUGGGCCCGCAAUAAGUCACCGCAGCUACGACAUUUCCAUCCUCUGGACGCUCCUCUACCUUUCCAAAAUCAUCCUCCUACGCUCCCAUCCCGCCAUGCCUCCCGCCGCGCAAAUGGCCGCCGGCGUGUGCGCGUCGGCCACGGCGCCCUACUGCACUCUAAUCGGGCGCAUCACCGCCGGCCUCGAGAUACCCGUGUCGUCGGACCUCUCGCCCUUCCUGGGCGCCGUCCUCACCGAAGCCUCCAUGUCCAUGUUCUUCGCAGGCGUCACGUACCACGACGCGCGCCAGCGCGAAUGGCUCGUCACGCGCCUCCUCCAAGUCGAGAAGCGCACCGGCUGGGCCAACGCAGGCAUGAUUGCAAAAGCCUGUGAAACCGUGUGGGAAAAAGCUGCUGAAAUGAAGAGGGGUCCGCCCUACACUCGCCGAACUAAGCGGCCCAUGCGGCUCAAAGAGGAAGACGGGUAUAUCGAUGCGCCCGAGGAACCGCUUCCCAGUCAGGAUAGUAGUGGUGCUGGUGGUGCUGGUGCGAGUGCGGGACUUGCAAAUAGAGUCUGGGAGCUGGAUGGCGCGGCUGCUGAGCGCAGGUUUGUCUUCAAGAGUAAAUUACCGCCUUGGGCGAUGAAUUUGCUUGGCACAGAGGAGGAUCUUAGGGAGAAGAUGGAGAAGGUGGGGUUGUAGAUGGGGAAUGUGGAAUCAUGGAUUAUGAUACUUAUGAUGUGUUUAUGAAUAGGGAAAUGAUAGGAGUGGAGAAGACAGUGGAGAAGAAGGAGAAGGAGAAGAGAUGAGAGAGGAGAGGAGAGGAGAGAUACAAG